AUGCUACGGUGAGUUUUAUUCUGUUUUUAACUUGUUUUUAUCGUAUUUUAUCUUUGACAUAAAAUUUGCCUUAUUUUUUCAGCCGCAUUUCCAUUAUUCCGACCUCAUUUCCGAACGGAGUUUCCCGCCAGUUGAGCCGCACAAUCAAGAGAUUCGCCUCGAAUCGACACGUUGUGGUCCCAAAUUAUCCUCUCCACAAGAAGCCUGGGAAAACUGUCAGCAUUGAGGUUGCGCAGCCAAGUGAUUUUGGGAUUUUUGAGAAGUAUUGCAAAACUUUAUAUCAUGCGGAACCCUUGACUAUAGCUUUUGGUGAGUUCAUUUUUUUUGACAAACUUUUUCUGUAAGUUUUUUAAUGAUGGGAAUGGGCCAGGAGGCAAAAAAAGAAAAGAAAAAAUACGAAACUUUUUUGCAAAUCUUGGCACCAAAAUUUACUGUUAAAAUUUUGGCGAAAAAAGUUUUUCCUUCUGACCGCUCUCCACGUUUUGCAUACUCUCUUGACCGAAAAAAGAUCGCUCGAUUCCGGUUGCUUGGACUAGACAGGCCGGGCCGGCGUUUCGGCCCGGCCCGGCCCGGAAUAUUUAAAAUCCAGAAUCUCGAAGUGAAAAUUGGGUUUGAUAAUGAAAAUGAACGCAAUGUCAAGACACAAUUGGUUUUUUUAAAGUUUUCCUUGUUUUUAGAUAGCUAUGGAACACAGUAUUUAUCCAUUUACAUGAUGAUAGAAAAAAAUUUGGUCAUAAGGAGUUAGACUUGGGGAGACUUUCGUUUCAAUGGGCCGGCCCGGGCCGGGCCGAAGCAAAUUUAAAACGGGCCGGGCCGGGCCGACGGAAAAUUUGAAACGGGCCGGGCCGGCCGGAACCCUUCAGGCCGACGGGCCGGGCCGAGAUUCCCGGGCCGGCCGACGAGCCAUGUCUAGCUUGGACCUAUCCUCGAGACGUUAUUUUUUAUAGAAGUUAUAACACGUUUUUAAUUUGGAACACCUCAGAAUGCCCACCGGAAGACGUCCACAAGCAUUUCAUGUUGCCCUUGAUCGAAAAUUCCCUCCGUUUCCCGUAUUCGACCAUGGUAAUGGACGGCGAUCAAAUGGUCGGAUUCUCUUUGACUACCGUCGAAGUUUUUGAUGAGCACCGGCCUCUGGCGCCGCUCAAUGUGGAUGACUUUGGGCCCAGUAAGAGACGAAAAUUUGUUCUUUUUGGGUUAACGAAUAAUAUAACUGACAGGGGAAGUACUCCAAGUGCGACGCUCAGACUUUGAUGAAACUUGGCACAAAUUUGAAUAAUUUUUUUAAGAUAUAUGCGAGAAUCCUCGCGCUUUGCAGGAACAACCGAGAUUUUUAGAUCGAAAGUCGGCGAAAAUUUAGGACUUUUUGCCGAAUUUCGGCACGAAAAGUUUCAUGCCUGUUUCUACCGUAAAGGACAAUGUUUCUACAAAAGAUCAAACUUUUUCGCACGAAACUGCCGAAGUUAUGGCCAAAAAGCGUUUUCCUCUCUGACCGCUCUCCACGUUUAGCGUGCUCUCUCGGCGGCAAAAAUCGUGCGUCACACUUGGAGUACUUCCCCUGUGAGCUUUUUUUAAUUUCCUCUGUUUUCAGUCGUCGAACACUACGCGAAACUCCACGGUGUCACGGAGAAGAAGAUGAAAACUGCCCUGGGAAUUGCUUGCUAUGCUUCCGACGUUGUCCCCAAUUUUAUGCCCAAAAUGGAGCGAUAUGUCCUGGGGCAUGGUGUGCUGGCAUCGGUGGCUAAGGAGUAUACUGGGUAGGGAAUUUAUUAUUAUUUUGAGAUUUUCAAAAUUUGGGCUACAAAAAUGUCUAUGACGGUCAUCCACAACUUUUAAAUCUACAUAUAUUCUGUGCUAAGUCAUCAGCAUCUCGACAAUUUUUAGACCUGUCAACAGCUAUUAUAUCAGCAUCUUGAUUUGUUUUAGACCUAUCAACAAUAAAAUCUGACCGUGUUUCAGAAAUGGCAUCACUUCCGUUCUCCUCAUCGCAACGGCCCGUCAAAUGGCCGCCGAUCGGAUUUGCAACUACGUUUAUGGGAAUGCGACGGCCACUGAGACGGCCAGAGUGGGCGAGAAGAAAGGUGCGGGCGAGGUUUGGCGCCUCAACUACGAUGAUAUCAAAGUUGAUGGGGAAUUUCCGCUCAGAAAGAGAGAAGGCAAAGCCGGCCUCGGAGCGAUCACUGGGAACUUUGGGCUGGUCCAGGAUAUCGCCAAAUACGACUAUAUGAAAAGAAAAUAG